GUGGCUUCUCUCUAGGGAUGGUGGAGUUGGAUGGAGACUUCUUCAGCCCUCCUCCAGGAUGAGCCGCGUGCCAGACGGCAUGGAGAACACGCUCACGGGGAGCCAGAGCUCACACGCUUCCCUUCGUGACAUCCAGGCCAUCAACCCUGCGCAGCUCAUGGCCAGGAUCGAGUCCUAUGAAGGCAGGGAGAAGAAAGGCAUAUCUGAUGUCAGGAGGACUUUUUGUCUCUUUGUCACCUUUGACCUCUUAUUUGUAACGUUACUGUGGAUAAUAGAGUUAAAUGUGAAUGGAGGCAUCGAGAACACCCUGAAGAAGGAAGUGAUUCACUAUGACUACUACUCCUCUUACUUUGAUAUAUUUCUUUUGGCAGUUUUUCGAUUCAAAGUGCUGAUACUUGGGUAUGCUGUAUGCAGAUUGCGCCAUUGGUGGGCAAUAGCGUUGACGACAGCAGUGACCAGUGCCUUUCUAUUAGCAAAAGUGAUCCUCUCAAAGCUUUUCUCUCAAGGGGCAUUUGGCUAUGUGUUGCCCAUCAUUUCAUUCAUCCUCGCCUGGAUCGAGACGUGGUUCCUGGAUUUCAAAGUGUUACCUCAAGAGGCAGAAGAAGAGAACAGACUCCUGCUAGUUCAGGAUGCAUCGGAGAGGGCAGCGCUCAUCCCCGCAGGGCUCUCUGAUGGCCAGUUUUACUCCCCUCCCGAGUCUGAAGCAGGACCAGGCAAGUAAGGGGCACUGGGGCUCCUUCCCAGCCUGCAGCCACUCUGUGAGCUAACGUACCAGGAGAGAAACAAGUCAGACAGAGCAGAAGCGCAGAGCAGCACACAGUAAGUGGUGCUUCUGGGGCGCAUUGCCCGCUCCUAGCUGCUGCUUACAGCUUCCUGUGUCUGGAAGUGCCAGACUGGCCGGGUCAGCUCUCUGCCCAAGGCCUUCAGUGACCUGGCCCAAGUCACCUCUGCUGGCCUCCCUCCCUCACUGUCUCCCCUCUUACCCUGCCAUCUUUUCUCUUCUUAGUCUUCAGAAAAUCUGCACUCCAAGGCCCUAAAGCCAUUGCAUAUUUUAUUGCUUCUGUUCUGAACAUUGUAGCUCUAGCUAAAGUUCCAAGAACCUCCCUUCUUCCGGCCUUCUCCACCUGCCCACCCUCCUGCUGUCUUGGUGAGGGUACCCUAGACUUCUAUGUCCUGUUCUACAGCCUGUCAUCCUGUCCCAUAUGUACUGUCUGUAGCAGUCAUCUGGUCUGCUUCUACCUCUGGGAUGCAACUUGAAUUGAAGGCUGUGCUGUAGUCCCAACUACAACCUGAUAGUGGCAAUAUUUGAAGCUGUUAACAGGCGGAAGGGGAUGGGGCAAAGGGAAGGUGCAGCCCAGCCCUGUACAUGAGUGCUAGUGCACUGGAGGAACUUCAGGUUGCUCCAUUGUGUAUGGUUGACGGGGGUCUAAAACAGCGUGAAAUGGACCAAUCACAAGUCCAUGUUAGUACCAGUCCGA